UUAUCAUAGAAGUUUAUUCACCCCGCGCCGCGUCGACUCAGCAGUGCGGUUCUUUCUUUUACUAAUUCGAUCGCAAUUUUUAUAUUAUUAUAACGAAAGCAGUUCGCUUACCUCUAGGAUGGAGUUUAAAGAGUAAAAAGUACAAUGCUAUGAAUGUGAGUCAAUGUCGAUAGUACCAGCGGACGUGGAGUGAACGGACGUGAAAACUGCGACAAACCCCAGUGACAAUAAAAUGCCUUUUGUGAAUAUAAAGAAGCAAUAUUUAGCUAUCGGGAUGUUGAUUUUCGUAGUAUUAUUUUUCUUCAAUAGCAGACCGGCUUUCCAAUGUCAGUUCACGGCGGAGGUGACUCCGUACUUACCAACUAUAUACGGUAUCACUCCGACGUACGCAAGACUGGCCCAAAAGGCCGAUCUCACAAGAUUGUCACAAACAUUGAUGCUGGUCAAGAAUUUCCAUUGGAUUGUCAUUGAAGAUUCAGAUACAAAGACAAAAUUGGUUGAAAACUUGCUCAAGGAAUCAACACUUAAAUACACACAUCUCAAUGUGAAAACACAAAAGUCAAAACAUUCAUCGGCGAGCGGAGUUGAACAAAGGAACAUAGCUUUAAAUUGGCUUAGAGGGCAUCUAGACAGUGUAGACGACAAGCGAGGGGUUGUGUAUUUCAUGGAUGACGACAACACCUACUCGCUCAAGGUCUUUGAUGAGAUGCGAAAAAUACACAAAGUAGGGGUUUGGCCGGUCGGCAUAGUGGGCGGAAUGCGAAUAGAGAUGCCCAUAGUGACCGAUGGGAAGAUCUCUGGCUUCAAUGCGGUUUGGAAGCCAUUCAGACCUUUCCCCAUAGACAUGGCUGGUUUUGCCAUCAACGCCACGCUGUUCUUAAUCCAUCCGGAGGCGAAGUUUUCCAGAAAAGUUCAAUCAGGAUUUCAGGAAAGUGAGAUAUUGAAAUACUUCACAACAAAAGAAGAGAUGGAGCCGCUAGCAGACAAUUGCACAAAGGUGUACGUUUGGCAUACACGCACACAGAAGCCUUCCAUAAUCAACCCCAAGAAACUCAAACACCCACCCAUUCCAGACAACCAUAUUGAAGUCUGAUUUGACAAUAAAAUGUAUGACACUGUUUAUUAUCGGUGAUCUGUGAUCAACGGGAUAAAGAAAGGAUCUCUAAAGGGAUAGUGCGCGCAUAACAAGUCCAAUCUGAAGUUACAUCAAGUGGUUUUCCCAGG